AGCGUGACCGCCUCCUCUAUCCCUACCCCUCCCAUGUUGCCUCACUCCGUCCGGUGCUCCGAGAGAGGGAGCCGGGGAGGCUCUUGCGGUAAGAGCGGCCGCUGCAGCGCGUAGCUUGAAUGAAGUGAGGUGGAAGCGCCCAGGUCGAAAAAAAGUCAAACCCGGGAAGCGAUGGUGAAUGAAUGGGGCAAGAUUGCGAUAUAAAGGUAGUGAACCUGGCAGCUUAAAAUGUAUCUUCCUUUGGUCUAAAUUAUCCUCCUGUCUGUCUAGUUGAUAUGAAAUGAAUGCCAGCAAUAAAUUAUUGCCAAACAAUCAUUCAACUCAAAUGAGAAGGAGCCAGAUAUAAAACGGAAAGAGGAUGUGGUUUUCAAAGAAUUGAAGCCUGAAGCAACCCUCAUGAAUUUCAACCACAGCAAUUCAGAGAGCAUCACUGAUGAUUGCCCUAAUGAAGACCUUCCUGAAGUGGAACUAGUGAGCAUGCUAGAAGAACAGCUGCCUCAGUACAAAUUACAUGUGGAUUCUUUAUAUCUUCCUGUAAAUGAUGACUGGAUCCAGUCAAGAAGUUCUCACAGUCAUGGUCCUGAAAUUUCUUCUCCUGUUCUUGCUGAGGAGGCACUCCAUUAUAUGAUUGCUGGCACAGGUAGAGGAGAGCAUGUACCAAAAAAUUGCAAUGAUAUUGAAGUAAUCACUCAUCUGUUGGCUGAGAAAGAUCGAGAUCUAGAACUAGCAGCACGGAUUGGACAAGCCCUUCUUAGACGAAACCAUAGCCUAACAGAGCAAAAUGACGUUCUGGAAGAUCAGUUGGGUCAAGCCUUUGACAAAAUUCAUCAGCUACAACAUGAACUAACAAAAAAAGAUGAACUGCUUCGUGUGGUAUCCACUGCUUCUGAAGAAAGUGAGACUGACUCUAGCUGCUCCACACCACUUCGCUUCAAUGAGUCCUUCAACUUGUCACAAGGUUUCUUACAGUUGGAUAUCUUACAAGAUAAACUCAGGGAACUGGAAGAGGAAAACCUAUUACUUCGAACAAAGGCAUGCCAUUUGAAGACUGAAACUAUGACAUAUGAAGAUAAGGAGCAUCAGCUAGUCACUGACUGUGUUAAAGAAAUAAAGGAAACAAAUGCUCAGAUUGCAAGAAUGAGUGAAGAACUGAUGAGGAAGGAUGAAGAGCUGAUUCACUACCAGGAGGAAAUCUCAUCCCUCUUAUCUCAGAUUGUUGAUCUUCAGCAUAAGAUCAAAGAGCAUGUAAUCGAAAAAGAAGAAUUGAAGCUGCAUCUGCAAGCUUCUAAAGAUGCCCAGAAACAGUUGACAGCAGAGCUACAUGAGGUCCAAGAGCGGAAUGUGGAAUGUCUGGGGAUGCUGCAUGAGUCCCAAGAAGAAGUGAAAGGAUUGCGCAGUAAAACUAGCCAGGCUGCGCUUCUCUGUCGACCCCAGUUGUGUGGAGCAUUUCCUGUGGAAUCUCUGGCAGCAGAAAUUGAGGGAACAAUGCGGAAAGUGCUAAGUCUGGAUGAGGAAUCACUGUGUAAACAGAAGGUUCAACAGAAACGUAUAUUUGAUACUGUCAAACUUGCUAAUGAUAUGCGUGGCCGUUCUGCUUCGUGUCCUGUUUCACUGUCCAUUCCAGGAUCCAAUCGUUCAAGUGUUGUCAUGACAGCAAAGCCUUUUCAUUCUGGCUUGCAAUAUGUGGAAGGAAAAGGACCUCAAGCUCUAAAGGCUAGCACAGAGGAUGUUUCCAAGGAAAUUCAGAAGGUGAGCCAUCCAGAUAUCUCUUCAGAAGAUGAUGUAGCCACUGCAUUACAUAAACUUAAUCUCCGUUGUCAGAAUUACCUAAGUGAAAAAUGGUUUUUCGAAGAAGAAUGGAAGCGUAAGAUACUUUUGCUGGCUGACCAAAAGGAAGAACUCACUGGCUGCACCACACCAUUAGAGAACUGUCUUUCAUUGAAUAGCAGUUCAGAACGUGUUGAUUUCUCUGGAUCUUCUGGCAGCAUGCGGUCUCUUCUCCCAGAUAAAUUGCAAAUUGUCAAACCCCUUGAAGGUUCUCAGACCCUAUUUCAUUGGCAACAGCUGGCUCAGCCCAACCUAGGUACAAUUCUUGACCCUCGCCCUGGUGUUCUCACAAAAGAUUUUGCACCACUGUCUCAGGAGGAUGUUUAUUACCUUUCCGAUUUGGAAGAAGAUGAAGAAGAAAGGGAUGAAGGUAUAACCUUCCAAGCACAGCCCUUUCCACAGGAGGAAAGUAAACAGGCAGUGCCAAAGUCAGUGCCAGGAAUUUUCCUCCCACCUGUUAAAUUAGUGACAGUUUCUCAUACAGCUUCCAAUCCAGGAAAAUGUCUUUCAUCUACAAACUCUACAUUUACUUUUACUACUUGUAGAAUACUUCACCCAUCUGAUAUUACACAAGUUACACCCAGUACUUUGUAUUCUCCCUUGUGCUCGGGAAGUUGUAGCAGUACAAGCAGUGUAAUUAUGAGCUCUCCACCCAUGUUGUAUAAGCUUAGUACUGGAGAAUUCCUUACUACCAGAAGAGAUUCAACUACCACCUUCAGUAGUACUAGAAGUUUAGCAAAGCUUUUGCAAGAACGAGGCAUCUCAGCCACAGUUUACAAUAGUCCAGUCCAACUUGAAGCACCACUGUUUCGUCAUUCCAAGAUACCUGCUGUACCCUCAACACCUCCAAAUUCUCCUUUGCAUUCCCCUUGUUCUUCUCCUCUCCCUUUUGAGUCUCGAGCAUGUGUGUCUGAAAAUUUCUUGGCCUCUCGACCAGCUGAAACAUUAUUACAUGAGCUGUAUGGACAAAAACCCUCAAAUUCUUCUGAUGCAGGACAGCUGAAGAUGAAUCUAGUAGAGAGGCUAAAAAAACUGGGGAUUGUUAGAGCUGUCAAACAGCCUGAGGCAGUGGGUGAUAGAAAAAGUCAAAGGGAAAGUGGCUGUCUCCAAAGACAAGGCUCAGGAGUGUAUGUUAGUGCAGGCAGCAAUUUGAUGGGGGGCUUGAGAAGAAACCAUAGUCUUCCGGUCUUGAUUGGAGCACUUGCAGGACCAGUCAGCACAUCCUCCACAACAAUGGGGGUCUUGAAAGAAGAUUAAGCUAUUUAGCACCAGACACUCUUAGUUGGGAAACAAAGGCUUUGAAAUGGAAAGAUAAUAAACAUGGAAGCAUUAAAUACAAGGUUGUUGAAUGAUAAAGGUAUGUGGCUAAAUGGGAUAUGAGAGGCUCAGCAUAAGAAAUCAUAAAAAUUAAGAAAGCAAAAAAAUAGAGAAAACAAAAUUCAGUCUUGAGACGAUUGAAAAAAACUUUGUCAUUAUUAAAAGGAAAUAAUGCAAACAAAGAUAUUUUCUAUCAUUGAUAUUAAAAGAACAAGCAAAUGUCUAUGCAACUUUAUUUUAAAAUGUUUUAUUGGAUGUCAUCCAAGAGAUCUGUAUGCAUAAAUAGACCAUCUAAAAUUAUAUAUGAUUGUAAGGAAGUACAUUCUUCAAAUAACAGGUGCAAUCUGUUUAUAGAGGUGAAAUCAGUUUUAUUCUAAUGUAGAAAGAUCAGAUGAAAUAUUCUUUUAUUUAAGCAAUCUUACACAGGAGAAAUCUAGGAGUGCAAAAUUACUAUGUACUAUGUUGCACAAACAAAAAAGGGGUCAAGUUUAUGUGCUUUGUGGAAGUUCUAUACACAUUUGGGAAGGAUAUAUUUUGCAAGCAAGAAAGUAUUUGUUAUUCUAUUUGUAGCUGUAUUUGGAAGAUGUUUGGCAUAUUAAUGUUGGAAUAAUCUUGGAGAAAAUUCCAUACAUUUGAAACACAAUCAGUAGUUAAUAAAAAUUAUCUCUUUAAAAUACAUUAUAAAACUGACAAUUUUCUGAUUCUUGGAAAGCUAAGGGCCAGCUUUCAGGGAGAAACUUCGUGAUAUUUACAAAAUAAUCGGCACAGCUAAUUAUAUUAAUGUGAAACAGAAUGACAGCUAUUGAAGGUGCAGUAGACAAAGAAUUGCCAUUCAUAAUUAAGUCUAAGAUAAAUUCCAAGCUUAAUGUUUCUGAAGCAAUUUUGGAACGGCAGAAUUUUGUGUUUCACAAAAUGAGCACAGUGGGAUAGCUGUGAAUGUGAAGCAGAAACAGGAAGGAGAAAAGGCACAAGUGGCUCAGAUUUUUCUUUUAUACUUGGAUAACCCAAGCAAGAGAUUCUUAAAAUAUGCACAUCUCAUUUGCUCAAUUAAUUGCUAAUCAAAAAAUACUUGCAAAGAAUGUCAUGACUGCACUAAGCUGCUUGAUUUAUGGUUAUGAUGAGCAAAUAUAGCCUUCUUGCCAUAGAUCAAGCAGUAGAUAAUUAAGAUAAAAGUUGAAUAGUUUGAAAAUUAAGCACAGAAAAUGACUAUAUGAUUUACCUGUGGGUUUUAUAAGGCUAUUCUAUAUAUUAAAGACAUCAUGUGGUGCAUUCAGAAAUACUAAAUGGACUGGAUGUAAACAAUUCAGGUAGCUUUAUCAAUAAAUCAAAAAUAAGGGCUUUCCCCCCCUUAAAUAGGCAUUCUAGGUGAAGAUUUGGAAAGAUUCCUUUAAGCAAAUGUUGUCAAAGUUGCAAACAGCCAUGCAAAUAGCUUAUCAAUUCAGUCUCAGUAUCAAUCAAUGAGCUUGGCACCAUUGGUUGCAGCUACUAAAUUGUAAAUGGUGCUUGUAAAUAGUAAAAAUGUAUUUAUUUUAAGCCUCUAUAUACGGGUUAAUGCUAUUUAAAUUAUAAGUAUAUUUUAAUUUGUUUUUAAGCUUGUAAAAUGCAUUUCCUUUGUGAUGUUUAAAAACUUGCUUUCCUUGGCAAGAUAAAUAAAAGGGAAUAUUUAAGUUGGGUUCCAAAGCAGCCUACCAUACUUUUAUAUAAACAGAGAAAAACCUGACUAAUGAAACAGAAGCAUUCAAGAUCAUCCUCAUUAACUACAGGGAACCAAGCACAAUAUUUCAACUACUGUGGAUUUGAUGCAUGUCAGUUUUAUAUACUAUGUAAAUUCUUUUUACAUCGUAGUAAUUUUGAAUGAGCAUUCCUAAUUGGAUUUCAUAUCUUUGUCUUCUUAAAUUAUUUGCAUUGGAAUGAUUUAAAAGAAAGUCUGAUUUUAAAAGGUUUUCUUCUGCCACUGAUAACACCUCGUAAAUCAGACUUCUUUCUUUUCAACCAUAUCCUAUAAAAUUUUGUAAAACUAUUAAGUAAAUACAGGUUUAUUUGAAAAGUUCUUUUUUUAUUUUUCCAAGUAUGACUUUAUCUAAGAUGUCAUAUUCUGAUUUUUUUUUUUUUUACUUGGGGCUGACUUACAUUUUUUGCCUUCUGUAUUCAUAAUGAGUGUGCAACCAGUAGCAGAAAAAUCAAAAUCUACUUAGGUCCAAUGUUAAAAUGCUAAUUGAAUAGCAUGCCUGAAGAUCCUCCUGUUAAAAAAAAAUAGCUGGAAGCUAGAGGAGCAGUACUUUUGUGCCAAAGCUCUUAAAAAAUGAGCCUUGGAAAUAGCAAACAGAUGAAGAAAUAACAAUCAGUAUAGUUACAAGAAAUUACAUUACAAUGGAACAUCGCAGAUAGCUGGUGUUAUAAUGAAUGACCCAUCUUGCGGGAUGGAUACAACUAACAAUAAUAACCCUAUAGGAUCCUUAGAAGAAUUAUCAUGAUCACUUUCAUAUGUACGGUACUUUGAUACCAUAUUUAAGUGCCAAUUUUUCAUGAAGAAAUAGAUGCUCGUGAUUUAAAACCAUAUUGUUAAAUAUUUCAUUAUCUGAAUUCUUUAUAUGUUUCAUAACAAUAUGUAUGCUUCAGUCUGCUUGAAUGAAACGAAUGCUUUUUUAAAAAAAAACCAAAUAUAUCUAUUUUAAUAUGCAAAUAUAGAUGUCAUUUUUUCUGCAGACAAAACUUGAAAUGCAUUUCAUUUGAGAUAUUAUUUCAACUAUAAUUCAAUUUACAUAAAAAAGGCUAUUAUUUCUUUUUGGCUUUCCCA